CCCCUCAGGUUGCGCGUGGUGGCCGUGUCCCUGUGCCUGUGGGGCAGCGUCAGCGCCGUGGCCGCGGCCAGAGGGACCCUGAGCGGCCUGGGGGGUGUGGCUCUGGGCAGUGCGGGGGCGGGGCUUGGUGAGGUCACGUUCCUGACCUUGGCGUCCUCCUAUCCCAGCAGCUCCGGGCUCUCCCAUUGGUCGUCGGGGACGGGCGCGGCCGGACUGGGCGGAGCUUUGGGGUUCUGGGCCUUGAGGGUGUGGCUGCCCCUCCCCCACGCGCUGCUGCCCUUCCUGGCCCUGCCCCCGCUGAUGCUGCUCAGUUUUUUCUUCCUGCUGGGCCCGGCCCCUCCCCCAGGCCGGAUCCGCCCCUCCCCCACCCCGACGAAGGGGGCGGGGCCAGAGAGGAGAAAUGGGGCGUGGCCAAGGCCGUUUUAUGCCAGGGGGCGCCGCUGGGCCUCGUUUACUUCGCCGAGUACUUCGUUAACCAGGGGCUGAUGGAGCUGCUCUACUUCCCGUCCUCGCCCCUCCCCCACAGCGCCCAGUACCGAACGCUGCAGCUGCUGUACCAGGCCGGCGUUUUCCUCUCGCGCUCGUCCCUGCGCUGCCUCCGCCUGCGGCGCCUCUGGGGGCUGGCGCUGGCCCAGGUGCUGCUGGCCUCGUUCCUAUUGGCCGCCGUGGCUGUCAAUCACCUCCUGCCCGGGCUGGGCGUGGCCGCGGCGCUGGCGCUGGGGGAGGGGCUUGUGGGGGCGGGGCCUACGGGAACGCCUUCAGCAACCUGGGAGAGCAGGUGCCCCUCCCCCGGCGGCCGCUGGCCAUCGCUGUGGUCACUCUGGGGGCCGAGGUGGCCAUCGCCGCGGCCGGAGCGGCCGGAAUGGGGGCGCACGCGGCGUUCUGCGGCCGGGAGUGACCACGGAGUGACCACUGAGUGACCGCUGACCAUGGAGUGACCACUGACGUGACCACCGAGUGACCACGGAGUGACCACUGACCAUGGAGUGACCACGGAGUGACCACUGAGUGACCACC